CCGCAGAAUGAAGCCAAAGCAUCCCUCUGAGUAAUUAGAUUCUUGUAAUAAAAAAAACAAAAAACCUUUUUAAGAGGGCGUGUGCUGGAGGAGGGGCUACCGCAAAGCCCCGCCCCUUGAAUAAUAUGCCGGUCCCAUUGAAUGGGCUCCGGGACUAGCUGCCAGCGCACUACAACGGCUGUUUGAAACACACAACAAUCGCCCAGGAACACAAUUUUUCAGAAGAAGUGUUCAGAAAUCCCAGGGUGAUGGUUUCUCUGUGACCGGCCCCGACUCAACACCACAACAGGACGCGAGUUCGCCCAGGGACGGGUCCCGAGAGAUAACUUUUAAUCUUCCCUGAAGCUUGCGGAUGGAAACCCAUCGGGAGUACAUCUUCCUGAGCGCUGCUGUGGUACCCUGAAACCUUCACUAUCACGGAGUACACCCAGGGAUUUGUUUUGAACAUGGAUACCUUCUUUGCCGAGGGUUCCCGUGUCUGGCUGAGGCACAAGGAGCUGCUCCUGCCGUCCACCGUGAACUCCUGUGACGAAAUCUCCCUGGUCGUCACGACCGACUAUGGAAAGGUGGUGUGUGUGGAGGGUCCGGACCUGAGCAGGGACACGGUGUUCCCCAUGCACCCCAGCAGCAUCCAGGGGGUGGAGGACAUGUCCACGCUGGCAGAGCUCCACGAAGCAGCCAUCAUGCACAACCUGUUCCUGCGCUACCAGAAGGACCUCAUCUAUACCAACAUCGGGUCCAUCCUGGCCGCGGUGAACCCCUACAAGCAGAUCGCGGGUCUGUACGACAGCCCCGCGGUGGACAUGUACAGCCGCCACCACAUGGGGGAGCUCCCGCCCCACAUCUUCGCCGUGGCCAAUGAGUGCUACCGCUGCCUGUGGAAGAGGCACGACAGCCAAUGUGUGCUCAUCAGCGGCGAGAGCGGAGCGGGGAAGACGGAGAGCACCAAACUGCUCCUCAAGUUCCUGUCGGUGAUGAGCCAGAAGUCGUCCGGCACGCCCCCCUCGGAAAGGACCACCCGCGUGGAGCAGGCCAUCGUCCAGAGCAGUCCAAUCAUGGAGGCGUUUGGGAACGCCAAGACGGUGUACAACAACAACUCCAGCCGCUUCGGGAAGUUCAUCCAGCUCCACUUCUCCCACGGCGGGAACAUUCAGGGCGGCUGCAUCAUCGACUAUUUGCUUGAAAAGAAUCGUGUAGUACGGCAGAAUCCUGGAGAGAGAAACUACCACAUCUUCUACGCCCUGCUGUCCGGGACGGACCAGAACCACAGAGACAUGUAUUACCUCUGUGAGGGUCCAGAAUCAUACCACUACCUCAGCCAAUCAGGGUGUGUUAAAGACAUCAGCCUGGAUGACAAGAAGCUGUUUGACAGCGUCAUGGAGGCGCUGAAGGUGAUGGGGUUCAACGAGGAGGAGAUCCGAGACGUGUUCCGGCUGCUCUCCGCCGUCCUCCAGAUGGGGAACAUAGAGUUCAUGACUGCCGGUGGAGCCCAGGUCACCUCCAAAGGAGUGGUCAGCAACGUCAGCGAGCUGCUGGGUCUGGACUCCUUCCAGCUGUCGGAGGUGUUGACCCAGCGCUCGAUGAUCCUCCGGGGAGAGGAGAUCUGCUCGCCGCUCACCAUAGAGCAGGCAGUGGACUCACGCGAUUCGGUUGCAAUGGCGCUGUAUGCCCAGUGCUUCUCCUGGAUCAUCAUGAGGAUCAACCAGAAGAUCAAAGGGAAGGACAACUUCAAGUCCGUCGGCAUCCUGGACAUCUUCGGGUUCGAGAACUUUGAGGUGAACCGCUUCGAGCAGUUCAACAUCAACUACGCCAACGAGAAGCUCCAGGAGUACUUCAACAAGCACAUCUUCUCCCUGGAGCAGCUGGAGUACAACAGGGAGGGAAUCAGAUGGGAGGCCAUAGACUGGAUGGACAACGCAGAGUGUCUGGACCUCAUUGAGAAGAAACUGGGCAUGCUGGCGCUCAUCAACGAAGAAAGCCGAUUCCCCAAAGGAACCGACUACACCCUCCUGGAGAAGCUGCACAGUCGGCACGCGGCUAACCCCUACUACGUGAAGCCCAGAGUGACCGACCACCAGUUCGGCAUCAAGCACUACGCCGGAGAGGUUCUUUACGACGGCCGCGGGAUCCUGGAGAAGAACCGCGACACCUUCCGGGACGACAUCCUCUUCAUCCUCAAGGACAGCAGGCUGGACUUCAUCUACGACCUGUUUGAGCGCGUUGGCAGCCGCAGCGGGGACGAGACCAUGAAGAUGGGCACGGCCCGCCGCAAGCCCACCGUCAGCUCCCAGUUCAGGGACUCCCUCCACUCUUUGAUGGGCAGCCUAGGCGCCUCCAAUCCCUUCUUUGUGCGCUGCAUCAAACCCAACAUGAACAAGAACGCCGAUCGAUUCGACCCGGACGUGGUCCUGAACCAGCUGAGGUAUUCCGGGAUGUUGGAGACAGUGAAGAUCCGCCGGGCCGGCUUCCCGGUCCGCAGAACCUUCCAGGACUUCUAUGACAGAUACAAGAUGAUCCUUAAGAACAAAAUGGCCCCCGCUGAUUUAAGGGCCUGCUCCUCUGAGCUCCUCAUGGUCCACGACGCGUCCAUGAAAGAGUGGCAACUGGGGAAAACAAAGGUCUUCCUGAAAGAGGCCCUGGAGCAAAGGCUGGAGAAGGAGCGGGAGGAGGAGCGACGGCGGGCCGGCAUGGUGAUCCGCGCCCACGUCCUCAGCUAUGUGGCCAGGAAGCAGUACAAGAGGGUCCUGUCCAGCGUGGUCACCAUCCAGAAGAACUACCGCGCCCACUUCUGGAGGCGCGUGUUCCUGCGGCUUCGCUCGGCCACCCUGGUGCUGCAGAAGCACCACCGCGGUCACCUGGCCCGCUCGCUCUGCCGCCGGAUCCUGGAGGAGAGGAGGCGGAGGGUGGAGGAGGAGGAGCAGGAGAGGAGGCGCCUAGAGCAGGCGCAGCAGCGGGAGGAGGAGCAGAGACGGGUGGAGGAGGAGGAGGAGAUGAGGCGACGGCAGAAGGAGGUGGAGGAGGAGGAGGAGGAGGAGGACCGAAGGAGGGCGGAGGAGGCGGAGAGACAGAGGAGUCGUCGGGUGGAGGAGGAGCAGAUGAGGAGGCGGGAGGAGGAGGAGGAGGAGUCGAGGAGGAUGGAGGAGCAGAGGAUCAAGGAGAAGGCGCAGGAGAAUGCGGUGGCUUUGGGGCACUCGACCAGAAACUCGCUGGUGGUUAGCGCUGCGUGUCAGAAGAAGGAGCUGUCGCGCGCCCUGUCCCGCAGCCCCGUCCCGGGCCACGCCUCGGAGGAGGAGAGCCGCCAGAUGGAGGAGAUCCAGCGCCUGGAGCGGGAGAUCGAGCGGCUGCAGCGGCAGCAGGAGGACGGCGUGUCGCUGCUGGGCGACGACGGGCGCGACCAGCUGCGGCAGCGGCGCGACGCCGAGAUCUACCGGCUGGAGAAGGAGGCGUCGCGCGUCGCCACCGAGUUCCUGGACCUGCUGGACUUCGGCGGCCUGGAGCCGUCGCUCUCCAGCGAGGAGAACCUCCACGACCCCGCCGAGACCCCCGCUCCGCUGGCGGAGGAAGAGGAGGAGGAGGAGGAGGAGGAGGAGGCGGACGAGGGGUUCCACGCCGACGACGAGUGCGUCCCCCUGCCCGACCUCCCGCUCCCCGCCUCGCCCCCGCUGGACCAGGAGGUCUUCCAGAGCGUGCCUCCGCCUCCGCCCGGCUUCGCGGAGGGUCCGGUGGACCCCUACUCCGCCCCCUCCUCCGCCGCCACGCCCCGGGGGUCGUGGCACUCCACCGUGGUGACCCACCAGCGGUGCCGCACCCCGACGCCGCCUCCCCCCGUCCUGACCAACGGGGGACGGCAGCCGUACGUCAGCAUGGCGCUGACGUCGGAGGCGGAGCUCCCCGGCGGGCAGCCUCCUCCCCCUCCUCCUCCUCCUCCUCCUCGCGGCGCGCCCCCCCCGCCGGACGCGGAGUCGGACUACGACCAGGACGAGUACGAGGAGGUGCACGGCAGCUCGGGCGCCAGCACCAACGACGGCCACGGCACGGACGAGGACGCGCUGAGGGAGUCGUCCUGCACCCAGAACAGCCUGGACUCCUUCAAGGGCAGCUCUGACUCGUUCAUCGAGAGCGACGAGGACAACGAGUGCUACGUGGACACGGACGAGGAGGUGUCCAACGGGCGGGUGAACGCGCUGAACGGCAGCGGGCCGCCGUACUUCCACAGCUACCUCUACAUGAAGAGCGGCCUGAUGAUACCGUGGCGCCGCCGCUGGUGCGUGCUGAAGGACGAGACCUUCAUGUGGUUCCGGGCCAAGCAGGACUCCCUGAAGUCGGGCUGGCUGUACAAGAAGGGCGGCGGCAUGUCCACCCUGUCGCGGCGCAACUGGAAGAUGCGCUGGUUCGUGCUGCGCGAGUCCCGCCUCAUGUACUUUGAGAACGACAGCGAGGAGAAGCUGAAGGGAACCAUCGACGUCCGCUCGGCCAAGCAAAUUGUCGAUAACCACGAAAAGGAAAACGCCCUGAACAUUGUUACAGAGGAACGUACCUACCAUAUCUACGCAGAAACCCCAGAGGACGCCAGCGGUUGGUUCAAUGUGCUGAGUCGCGUCCACACUGCCAGCCCGGAGCAGCGCAUGGAGAUGCACCACGAGCAGGCCAACCCAAAGAAUGCAGUGGGCACGCUGGACGUAGGCCUGAUAGACUCCGUGUGUGCGUCAGACAAUCCUGACAGGCCCAACUCCUUUGUGAUCAUCACGGCCAACCGGGUGAUCCACUGCAACACGGACAUGGCGGAAGAGAUGCACCACUGGAUCAGCCUGCUGCAGAAACCCAAGGGAGACGCCAGGGUCGACGGCCAGGAGUUUCUGGUCCGGGGCUGGCUCCACAAAGAGAUGAAAUCGGGCGCCAAGAGCACGUCCCUGAAGCUGAAGAAGCGCUGGUUCGUCCUGACCACCAGCUCCUUGGACUACUACAAGACUUCGGAGCGCAAUGGUGCUAAGCUGGGCACCCUGGUGCUGAACAGCCUCUGCUCCAUCGUCCAGCCCGACGAGAAGGUCUUCAAGGAGAGCGGCUACUGGAACAUCAUCGUCCACGGGCGCAAGCACUCGUACCGCCUGUACACCAAGAUGCUGAACGAGGCCAUGAGGUGGGCGUCCGCCAUACAGGGGGCCAUCGACAGCAAGGUGCCCAUCGAGACCCCCACCCAGCAGCUCAUCAGGGACAUCAAGGAGAGCAGUCUGAACGUGGAGGCGGUGGAGCAGACUUACUGGAGGAACCCCAUCCUGAGAUACACCCAGCAUCCCCUGCACUCCCCUCUCCUGCCACUGCCUUACGGAGACGUCAGUGUACAUCUGCAAAAGGAGAAGGGCUACUCCAGCCUUCAGGACGAGGCGGUGAAGAUCUUCAACUCCCUGCAGGAGAUGGAGGCGGUGUCGGACCCCGUGCCCAUCAUCCAGGGCAUCCUGCAGACCUGCCAGGACCUGCGGCCGCUCAGAGACGAGGUCUACUGUCAGCUGAUCAAACAGACCAAUCACGUUCCCCAACCCAACAGUCUGGCCAAUCGCGCCCACUGGCACCUGCUCACCUGUAUGGGCUGCACUUUCCUCCCUAGCAGGGGUAUCCUGCGCUACCUCAAGUUCCACCUCAAAAGGAUUAAGGAGCUGUUUCCUGGCUCAGAGAUCGAACUGUUUGCCCAUUUCAUCGGCGAGUCGCUAAAGAAGACCAAGUGCCGAGAGUACGUUCCCUCCCAGGAAGAGAUCGUCGCCCUCCUCACCAGACAGGAGAUGACCACCACAGUCUACUGCCACGGCGGGGGGUCCUGCAAGAUCUCCAUCAACUCCCACACCACUGCUGGAGAGGUGGUGGAGAAGCUGAUCAGAGGCUUGGCGAUGGAGGACAGCAGGAACAUGUUCGCUCUGUUCGAGCACAAGAACAACAUCGACCGAGCGGUGGAGAGCCGGGUGAUCGUUGCUGACGUUCUGGCUAAGUUUGAGCGACUGGCUGGCAGUGAGGAAGAGGAGGACGAAGGACACUGGAAACUCUACUUCAAACUCUACUGCUUCCUCGACGUGGAGAGCAUGCCCAAGGAGGGCGUGGAGUUUGCGUUCAUGUUUGAGCAGGCGCACGAGAGCCUGACCAGCGGCCACUUCCCCGCCCCGGAGGACACCCUGCAGCACCUGGGGGCCCUGCGCCUGCAGUUCCUCCACGGCGACAAGGCCCGGGUCAACUGGACCCUGGAGAACGUGUACCCCAUGGGUCGCCUGCGCAGCCGCAUCCUGCACUUCACCAAGGCGGGGGCCGGCGCCGCGGGCCAGACGGGCCAGACGCUGGAGCGCCGCAGGACCAGCUUCCUGGAGGGCACCCUGCGGAGAGGCCUGAAGACGGGCUCCAUGAAGAAGCAGCGCAUGGAGGAGGAGCAGAUGCUGGAGAUGUGGGUCAAGGAGGAGACGUCGGCCACCAGAGCCAGCAUCCUGGAGAAGUGGUCCCGCAUCCGGGGGCUCGACCAGCACCAAGCCAUGCUGAAGUACAUGACCAUCAUCAAGGAGUGGCCCGGCUACGGGUCCACGCUGUUUGAUGUGGAGUGCAAAGAGGGAGGCUUCCCUCACGAUCUGUGGCUCAGUGUGAGUGCAGAGAACAUCUCGGUCUACAAGAGAGGAGACCCCAAACCUCUUGAGACCUUCCCGUACGAGCACAUCGUCUUCUUCGGCGCUCCACAACCCUGUACCUACAAGAUCACCGUGGAUGAGAGGGAGAUGUUAUUUGAGACGCCACAGGUCGGGGAGAUCACCAAGAUCAUGAAGGCCUACAUCAACAUGAUCGUGAAGAAGCGUUGUAGCGUGAGAUCUGUGUCGAGCUACGGAACCAACUGGAUCCGGUGAUGGUCAGGACAGGACAGUACCUGGGCGGUACAGGACCAGACCCAACCGGACCAUGGGGGGAAAGACCAGGGAAGACCCGAAGCAAAAUCACUUGCAGAAGAAAAUCGUAGAGCUUUGAGUGACCAUUGAACCAUAUUGUCGAACUUUGGCAAUAUGAAGAAUGGUUGCAAAAGUUUGUACAGAAAGACAAAAAUAACUCCUGCUUAUUGCAACACACAAAAUGCUAGCGUCUGCACAACUAUAAGCUAAUUUCUCCACAGGGUAUUGCUUCAUCUGAUACGGGCUUAGUUUUGAAUAUCCUUGACGCUUACUCAUGUUAUUUACACUGGUGGUAGCUGUUAUCUUGCUUACAGUUCCCUUCUGUAGUCAUCGUCCUUCAAAAGUAUUUUUAAUUUUUUGUAUUUAAAACCUUAAACCAGGGUGGGAAUUCGACCAAGCGUGCAUUUAUAUGUUCAACGUCAACCAUGCGUAACAAAUCAAAUAACAUGCUCGGACAAUUCUGUAAAAAGCAAUGAGCUCUUUCACUAUCAUUUAGUAUUUUCCCCUUUAAGUCCCUGUCCGUAGUUUAGAGUCCCUCAGGUAAACGGGCGAUACCACAUCAUAAGAACAGAACAGCAUCUACACUUUAUUGCCUUAAGUGGGUUUUCACAGUACAUUUCCAACGUCCACCAUUUUUGACUAAAUAGUCAAUGUAUAUGGCCAUUUACAAAUGUACGAAGGGGGCAAUACCAUGUUUCUAGAUAUGGAAAUGUUUGCCUUCUCAUACAUUUGCAGAGACGAGAGGAAUCCAACCUGUAGGGCAAUGCGUUUCACGAAAGGUGCCAUUUACUGUAAAUGGUUGUUCAACUGUUUGCCGCUUGUAUGUGUAACGUUACUGUUAGACUAUUUCUCAGUAUUGAUCUGUUAUAUUUUUGAACGGAGUUGGUCAUUGAAAUGAUUUGCGACUGAAGCUGUUACUUGAGGACUGAGGAGCGAGCAUGACGCAGCUUGGCUACCCCAUGUCUGAAGGAUGUAUCUUGUCUGUUUUUAGAUAGUGUCGAGUGUCUGUGUGGCUUAUUUAUUAUGUGGACUAUUGAUGACGGGAGAGGGUGAGCUUGGCAGGGAGAAUUCACAAGCACCGAUGUUGUGAGGACAGUCACAGAAACUAAUUGUGAUGAUGCUGUUUUAUGUACGGAUUUCUGAAUGAAUUGUGUGUUCUCGGAUACAACUAAAUUGUACCACGAUUGAUGCAACAUUGGAUGUAAACGUGCUCAAAAGUGUAUGUGCAUAAAAGUGAUCAAUGGAAUGUCAUAAGGUCUCAAACGAACAGGCUGUAGCUCCCAAUGUUAUGGCUGGCUGUGCUCGUUGAAUGUUUAAUCUAUGUCAGGAAGUCUGGGACACUCUGAAUGAUGUUAAAGCAGGGAAACAUGCAUUUGCCAAGCUAUUGCCCACCAUAACAAUGAAAUCCACUAAGACUGUACAGAUUGUCUUCACCUAACGUCACAGCACCGCCCGUCUUCCACUGCUCUCUCUCCAGUCUCUCUGAUCUAGAGGGAGGCUUUCUGGUAACGCUGCCGGCGGCCAUUCCAGAGACUUCCCUGCCGUUGAAACACGACUGUUCCUUAUGCUUGUUUUGAACAAAAAGACAACGUUUUAUAACUGAAUUUAAAUAUGCUUUAAUAAAUUAUUGUAUUUCAUUAAGCAGUUUGG